UGGCUAGGGUGUUGCAUGACCUCUAUAUAAGACCGUGGCGAAACGUCUAAAAUUUGGGAAAACUGUCAAUAUCUAGAUUUCUGAGAUUUUCUUAAAGUUACCUUUUUAUACCCUUUGUUGUUAGUUAUAAGGUGAAAGAAUAUAAAUUCACUGUAGAAAGAAGGAAGGAAGGAAGUAUGCACUAACUUAAAAUUGUCCUAAAUUAAGUUACAUUGAAAACAAUGGCGUCUGUGGAUUUUAUUGAACAAAACAUUUGCUUAAUUUCGGGACUAGCAUGUGUUUUUCUGACCUUCUCCUAUGUUGGUAGUCUAUAUAUUUGGAGAUCCAAUUUGAACAGGGAUCAUCCAACGACAAUUAAAAGAAGAUUUCUCAGUGUAUGUUGCAUGAUGCUGCUGGCUCCUGUCUUUACUCACUUAUUGCUCAAGGAAGAAAUGCUACAAAAAGGAGAUAUUUAUGAAUACAUGGGCUUUAGAAUGUCAGGAAUGUUAUCUGCAAUGUUUCUACCGUUGUUUUUGACUGCUAUAUUAUUUUUAGGACCAUUAACAAUGCAUUUUAUAGCUGGUACUUGGAAACUGUAUGCAGAACCUAUGUAUUGGAUAUCAAGCUGGCAAGACUUGGUUUGGCUACGCAACCAUAUAAUGGCACCUUUAAGUGAAGAGUGGGUUUUCCGAUCAUGUAUGAUGCCUCUGCUGCUGCAAUGCCUUGAGCCAUUAACAGCUGUAUUCACUGGACCAUUCCUUUUUGGUAUUGCUCAUUUUCAUCAUAUACAUGACAUGUUGACGAAUGGAAGAUCAUUGAAAACAGCUUUGUUCAUUGCAUUGUUUCAAUUCUCGUUUACGACUGUGUUUGGUGCAUAUUCGGCCUAUCUGUUUUUAAGGACUGGUCACUUCUGUGCACCAUUUGUCGCACACAUCUUUUGUAAUCAUCUGGGCUUUCCGAACUUUUUUGAGGUAUUUCACUUCCCAAUGAUGCAGCGAAUUAUUAUCAUAUGCAACUUUUUACUCGGACUCUUCUUGUGGUGUUACUUACUCGUGCCAUUAACUGAUCCUUAUAUUUAUGAUAACAAACUUCAACUAUUGACUUAAGGAAAUUUUCUUUGUAUUAAAUUCCAAAUAGUAUUUUUCCUUUUACCAAACUCUUAGGUUGUAUUGACACAAUAUUGUUUUACUUUAGAGAUAAUAAUUGAUUAUUGUAGAAACUGUGUAGUGUAUGGGAUUGUUUUUGAUUUUACAGAAACAACACACUCUAUAUUUGAUGAGUAUUUAUAUAUUUAUUUUUUAAUUUUGUUGAUAUUUAUCUGUUUCGUUUUACUAUUUAGAAAAAUCAAAGCACACUAAUAAAUAAUAUGCUUAGAAUAUAAUUUGUAAUAACUUCAUGUACAAUGCUCAAGUAAAUGAACGCUCCUAAGAGUAAUUUUCAAUGCUGUAAUAAAUAAGUUAAGAUAAACUCUGUAAACAUGACCUGUCUGAAUUACUUAACAUGUAAAUAUCUCAAGUUAUAUAAGUGUACUACUAUUACAAUGUAGUAAUGAAUCA